UAUAUAAGAACUUUAUUUAUUAGAUAUGAGAGCGGAAACCAGGUGCGGCCAUCGGGAACGGUGGGAGUAGGUGGGGAAGGGCCAAAAGCUCGUGUCUUUCCCUCUAUUUCAUAGGUCUGAGGUGUGGGUCUUGGAGCAGCCCAUGGCCGCCGCUUCCAAAACUUACCACUUCGAUGAGGUGGCCAAGCACAACGUUACCAAGGAUUGCUGGGUCGUCAUCUCCGGAAAGGUGUUUGAUGUCACCCCAUUUAUGGAUGAGCAUCCAGGUGGUGAUGAAGUCUUGCUAGCAGUGACUGGGAAGGAUGCAACCGACGAUUUUGAAGAUGUAGGUCACAGCACCUCUGCUAAGGAGAUGAUGAGCAAGUAUUGCAUCGGGGAGAUAGAUUCAUCAAGUAUUCCAACUAAGCGCAUGUAUGUGCCACCACAACAAGCAUCCUACAAUCCUGAUAAAACUUCAGAAUUUGUGAUCAAAAUACUGCAGUUCCUUGUGCCCAUCUUGAUCUUGGGUUUGGCAUUUGCUGUUCGUCACUUUACCAAAGUGGUGGAGUAACUCCAUUUGCCUCGAUCAUCCGUAGUCUAUUGAAACUGAGGUGCAGUGGUGGAUUUGAUCAUUUUAUAGUAAUUGAACUUUAACACCAUUCAACCACCCUGAUGGUGGUAAUGGAUUAGUUGUUAUGUGCCAGUCUUUGUCGUCUUGUUUCCUUUCAGUCCGCACUUUUGAGUUUCCUGUUUUAAAACUGGAACAUCUCUUAGGGUGCUGAGGAUGGAUUUUGAGCUAUUACAAUUUCAGAAAGAUAUAUAAUAAAUGAAUGCUUUCAAGGCUUUUUAGUCUU